AAGUGUCCAACUUUGUACUGCAUUCUAAUUCUGCCGUGAGUGGCGAGAAAAUGGAGGACAAUCCCACGACUUUUACUCUAUGCCUUUUGUGAGAGAACAUCGAAAGACGAUAUUUGGGCAACGGCACAUCAGAGAAAUAGUCUACAACUUGAGUUCGAACCAGUUUCCUUGGAUUAAGGUACCGCUUAAAUCACAUGGCAAAGAUGCAUACCAGACUGGGAUGGAACAAUCAUGCAGACAUAACCCCUCACAUGUCUUGGGAGGAGGGGGAGUGUAAGCCCUGAAAGGGCUGCUGGGAUGUGAGUAGGCCAGCAUCCAACAGACGGCAGAACCAAAGGGGCAGCAGAAGCAAAGACGAGAAAGAACAGGAAUUCUAAUCUUAGCUCGUAUCUUUCCUACUGCAGCCUGUUAUCUAUUUAGGUUAGACAGCUCAGCCCUGGUGUAUUUUUUUGUGUAGCGUGAUUGCUUUCGUCUGAACUUUGUGAGUGGGCAAUUGAAAGAUCCUGUCUGUCUUUUCCAAGUGUGAAGUGUUUUUGUGUGAGAGUACUUGGAUUUUUAAGUGCAAGCCCGACCAGCCCACAUUCGCUCAUGAGGCCUAAGACCUUCCCCGCCGCCCCGUAUGUGGGUAACACGCGCCAGCGCCUGCAGGACAUAAAGGAAGGACUGAAGCAACCAGCGAAGCUGGUUAGCCAGGCGCUACAUGGAGGAAGUUCCCGAGCGGAGGGGGGCAAAGGGGGUGAUUCUAAGGGCAAAGACCAGGCUGGUAGGCAACAACAGCUCAGACAACCCCAGAAGUUCAAUAAUUACCAGAAUGCCCUCCGAGAGAUCCGCAAGUCUCUGAGGCCUUUUGAAUGUGGUCCAGAUGUCAACAAGCAGAUGCUGCAGGAUCUUGUCAAUGCUGGUUGUGAUCAGGAAAUGGCAGUGCGUGCCCUGAAACAGACUGGCAGUCGUAACAUUGAGGCUGCGUUGGAAUACAUAAGUAAAAUGGGUUACCUGGACCCGCACAACGAACAGAUUGUACGCGUCAUCAAACAGACGUCCCCAGGACAGGGUGGCAUGUCAAAUUUGAUGGACCACCGAUCAGCAAUCGAGGCCACUGGGGAUGGUGCCAUGCCCACUUAUCACCAAAUGGGAGCUCCACUGUAUGAAGGAGCUAGUUAUGGGGUUGAGGGUGACAUGCCUCGUGGAUACAUGGGUGCACCAACAGUCAUUAACUACAUGCCACCUCCUGCCAAUCCAUCACAGGUUCCUGCCAUGGGAAACCCGAUGGGUCGUCCAGCCAGCAUGGGUGCCUAUUCUUCAAGCAUGUCUGGCCAGAACAACCCAGGGGUACCUAUGUACUCACCUGGUCCAGCUCAGGCAAAAGGGUACCCGGGUGGGAUAGACCAGGCUAUGAUGGGCUACAGUGUGCCUGGACCACCCAUGCAACUCCAGUCCCAACCCUCAGGUGGCCCUGGCCCUCAUUAUGACUACAGGCCUUCCAGCUACGGGGUCAAACGCAGCGCUUCCUUCCAGAAUAAGAUGCCGCCAUUAGCACCAGAAAACUAUGUUAAUAUGCCAAGUAAAGGAGGAAUGGGCCAAAAUGGUGGUGGCUAUCCUCCCAAUUUAUAUUUACCACCACAUUCCCAUCCACGCCAAGCAAGCCCCACCUCACAUCAAGUUCACAUGAUGCCACGGCCCACUGGACCAAUGGGUGAGUUCUCGGAUGUUCCCCAAAGCCUCCUUACCCCUUCUAGGGCCAGUCUUAACCUAGAACUUUAUGAGCAUCACUGGCCAGGAGCCCAAGUUUCUGAGGGUACUCCACCAGCCAGGCAGCCACAGGGGCCCUUCAGAGGGGAGGUACGUGUACCCAGUAGGACCAAUUCGUUCAACAACCACCAAAAGGUGACUGUGAGGCAGACAUUGCCACCUGCAGCUGCUGUUGCUGGCAAGCAGGAGGCACCCUUGGGUCCACCGAACACAAUCACUGCAGUGACCUCCCCACCAAUCCAGCCGCCCGUUAAGAGUAUACGGGUCAUGAGGCCUGAGCCAAAGACAGCAGUUGGUCCAUGUCACCCAGGCUGGCUGAGCACACAAGCCCAAGAAGCACCAGAGUCUCAUGCGUACAUACCAGAUGAGUCUUUUGCCUUGGAGCCCAACCAAGAGCACCGCUGCCCACCUCCACCUUACCCCAAAACUCUUCUCCUGCCUGGAUCUGGACCUGAGUCUGCAUCCAUGGAGUCCAGCGCCAUGGGUGGACUGCAAGAUGCCAGUGCAACGAGUAGGACUGUCCAGACUGCCUCGGCAGGAAAGCAGGAGGAAGCUGCCUCCAAAGACAAAGGCAAGACAACUAAGGGAGAAAAGGUUGUGAAAGAUAAGAAGCAGAUCCAGACCUCACCUGUGCCUGUGCGGAAAAACGCCCGUGAUGAAGAAAAGAGGGAGUCACGCAUUAAGAGUUACUCUCCCUUUGCUUUUAAGUUCUACAUGGAGCAGCAUGUGGAGAAUGUGAUGAAGACGUACCAGCAGAAGCUCAACCGUAGGAUGCAGCUGGAGCAGGAGAUGUCCAAGGCUGGCCUAUCAGAGGCAGAGCAGGAACAGAUGAGGAAGAUGCUUUACCAGAAGGAAUCUAAUUACAAUCGACUACGCCGUGCCAAGAUGGACAAGGCUAUGUUUGUCAAAAUCAAGACUCUUGGCAUUGGAGCUUUUGGUGAGGUUUGUCUUACGCGCAAAGUGGACACUGGGGCUCUAUAUGCCAUGAAGACUCUACGGAAAAAAGAUGUUCUGAACCGGAACCAAGUAGCCCAUGUGAAAGCAGAACGGGACAUCUUGGCAGAGGCUGACAAUGAGUGGGUGGUCAGAUUGUACUACUCAUUCCAGGAUAGAGAUAGUCUAUACUUCGUAAUGGAUUACAUUCCCGGAGGUGAUAUGAUGAGCCUGCUGAUCCGUAUGGGGGUUUUCCCAGAGCCCUUAGCCAGGUUCUACAUUGCAGAGUUGACCCUAGCCAUCGAGAGUGUGCAUAAGAUGGGUUUCAUCCACAGAGAUAUCAAGCCAGACAACAUUCUCAUUGACCUGGAUGGACACAUCAAACUGACCGAUUUCGGUUUGUGUACUGGAUUCCGCUGGACUCACAACUCUAAAUAUUACCAAAAAGGGAACCAUAUCCGGCAGGAUAGUAUGGAACCAAGUGACUUUUGGGAUGAUGUAUCUAACUGUCGUUGUGGUGACCGGCUCAUUACUUUGGAGCAACGGGCAACUCGUCAGCACCAGCGAUGUCUGGCACACUCUCUGGUGGGCACUCCAAACUACAUUGCCCCUGAGGUGCUUCUCCGCAAAGGAUACACACAGCUGUGUGACUGGUGGAGUGUGGGAGUAAUCCUGUUUGAGAUGCUGGUUGGCCAACCACCAUUUCUUGCUCCAACCCCAACAGAGACACAGCUUAAGGUGAUAAACUGGGAGAACACACUGCAGGUGCCUCCGCAAGUGAAACUGAGCCCCGAAGCAGUUGACAUCAUUGGUCGGCUGUGUUGUUCGUCUGAAGAGCGUUUGGGGGGCAACGGGGCUGGAGAGAUAAAAUCUCACCCAUUCUUUUCCGAAAUCGAUUUCUCCAGCAAUCUCCGCACACAGCCCGCACCCUACCGACCUAAGAUCGCCCACCCCAUGGAUACAUCUAACUUUGAUCCUGUGGAAGAGGAGGGAGGACCAGGGGCCUGGAGCGACAGCGGGGACAGCACCCGCACCUGGGAAACCCUUUGUUCCCCUCACGGCAAGCACCCUGAACAUGCUUUCUACGAGUUCACCUUCCGCAGGUUUUUUGACGAUAACGGUUGCCCAUUCCGUUAUCCCAAGCCCGCAGAGACAAUUCAAAACCUGCACGAUACUUGCGAGACCAGUAGUGUUAAGCCUGAGGUGGAGGAAGAGGAGAUUCACGAAGAGGAAGAAGAACAAGGAGAAGGUUGUGAGCCAGUUUAUGUUUGAGACUGUCAAAAAAGGUGUUUAUGCUGCUCAACCUUUACCCAACGAAGGCUUCAACAGUUAACACGCUGCAUCUCCUGCCCUCCUUUAAACCCAGCUUUCUCUGCAAGGUGUAUUUUUGUACAUUAAAUAGAUGGAAGAACAUGGAGAAACAAUCUACAGACAUAAUAGGCAAAGUUCCAUGUAAAGAAAAUUGAAUUCCUCCUAUCCUUUGCAUGUUCAAAAAUACGGAAGCUCUGACCUGGGACCAACGAAGUACACAAGCUGUGCAGCUUAAAUCCAGGGGAUGUUGGUGUGAUGGAUACAUUUAGCUACAGAGAGAUGUAGUUGCUGCUCUGUGGUUUGUCAGUCAAACCGCUCGAUCUUAUGGUUAGUGUUAGCUGUCUUCCAUUCCUUUGUUCUACUGGGUGAAAAUAACCCAGUGUUUAUGAAAACAUGUCCUUCUCCUCUCUCAGCCUGGUGAUGCUAACACAGCCAUUCCAAACACCAGUGAGGCCAUGGUGAGGGAUAGUAGAGCCAGGCGUGAGGUUGUGGAUUUGAACUUUGGUUAUGAUUAGGAGACAAUAUAAAAAAACAGAAAGAUACCUUCCCCACAUACAAUAUAAAUGCAACAUGCAAACACAUUGUUUGUAAUGACUGUGGAGGGUUGCAUUUUUUUAUUAAUCCUAAAACCAAACGGAACAAAGUGAAAGGCAGGGUUUUUUGUUAUUGAGUAUUCAAUAGAAUUCAAUAGCUAGAUUUUUCAGCCAUACUGUCUACAAAAAGCGUUUGAGAUGAUUAUGUGGCGCCACCACAUGGUUGAUAUUCUACAAUCAUGUCUUUGGAGACCCUGCAUUAUAUUAUUACGUUUUUCUUUAUUAUAAAACGUGCAAAGUCUAAAAGCUCACACUAUAUUUUGCAGGUAGAUACACUAAUGACAGCAUGUUGUAAAUAUAUCUAUACUUCAGUUUAUGUUAAAUGGGUCAAUAUAUCAGGUCAAAUGGUGCUCUCCUGAGUGACAGUAUUGAGACGAAAUGUUCUGUAUGUAUAGCCAGCACUUCAUGAACAUGGGACCCUAAAACUCCCAUCACUGUUUUAGUAGUUACAACCUUUAGGUGUUUCGGCAAGCUUAUGCUUGAACGCAAAAUGCUGCAGCCAUAAAUAUUUGUGUGGUAAAGUUCAAAGGCGAGCGUGUUAAUGCCACAAAAAUAUGACGCAAUAUAUAACAUUUAAGACUAAAAGUGACACAAGUCCUGCUUGCUUUCUGUUUGCAAAGUUACAAACGUUAAUAUAGCUACUCCACAAAAUGUUUCAGUAUUCAAAAAUGUACUUAGCAUAAGUUUGUUAGUUGAAUUGCCAAAGUAUUGCUUUAGUAAUUGAAUCUUUGAUGUUUGCCUGGCUUGAUUCAAUUUGUUUAAAGGCUUGCCUUCCUAAACCUGUUCGCAGUUAUAGCUUUGAAGUCUUUUGCUUUCAUGUAUAUCUAAUACACACCGUGCAUUAUUUUUUAAGGUAUGCUCUCUCAGACAGCUGCGAUCCAGAGCAAUGUAACUGAGAAACCAUAGAAAAGCUGGAGGAUGCUCCAGUCACAUUACCUUGUGGAGUUGAAAAACCAUUACCGCUUAUCAAUUUCCAAUUUCUCAAUCGUAAUUGCGUUCGUAUCAUAACGGCGAUCUUAAAUGUCAGGGGGUUGUUUUUUGUGUUCAACCUUAUCCAGAUCCACUGGAAGUGAUUUUGUCUAUCACCAUCAGAUAAUUAUUUCAGAUAACUAACUGAAAACUUGCAAAGACAUCGAGCCUGCUGCGCCAUCUCAAUGUGAGACACGCAGCACAGUAUUAUAACAGAAUGGUCUACGACUGAGACAUUAAGAAUACAUUGAGGCAGAAACCCUUAAGCAAACAGUGAAAAAAGUGGUGAAAGAAAGGCAAAUGCAUCCGAUGGUAUGACUAUGUGCAAUAUAGAAAAUACAUUUUAUAGUUUUCUAAUCACAACAAAUAGCCUUUAUAACUUUAAAAACUGUAUUAUGUUAUGUAAAAGUAUAUAUUAUAUUGAUUUAUAUAGUUUCGUGACCCAAUGCUGCUUAUUGUUAUUAAUAUUACAAUUUAAAGUACAAUAUCAUCAACGUAAUUUCAUUUUUACUUUCUCUUUGUAUAAAGUGUGGAAUUGAUUGUCAGUGUGAUUGAUAUGGUGUGAGACGAACUGCGUGCCUUCUUAUAAAUGUGUGGGUGUGUGCACCACAUGCUGAUCAGUAUUUUUGAGAUGGAAAGACAUCCUCAUCUUGCUCUCAGGCCGGUCCUGACAGUAAGAGAAGUGUUUUGGGAUGUUAGUUUGAGAAAGAUAAAGAAUCAAGAAUGAAUGCUUGUCAUUUGGGACAGAUAGAGAUGUUGAUGGAUUUCAUGACAGGACGGAUGUUAGUACGGAUAUUAAAACAUCGUAUGCAUGUUUUUACUAAGGCUGUGGCAUUUCUUAUGGACUUCUAAGAUAUGUCCAAUUUAUUUAGAUGCCUGCGUUUGAUCUAAUCGCUUGUUGUGAUAGUGGGUCACUGCACGAAAUGUUCUCUGUAAAUUAUCUCUCGAGCUGACUGACAAUCAUGUGGUUGUGUGCUUGCAUUAGACCAAACUGAGAUGUCAAUUCAGAUGUCGAGUAAAAUGCCCCUUAUAGCUUAUAACCUUAUAACUGCCACUGAAAGUUAAAUGGUAAUCUUUUUAUCAUUUUUCUCUGUUGUGCCAAUGAGAUCAAUCUUAAAGGGAUAGUUCAUCCAAAAACAAAGUAUCAUUAUUUAUUUACCCCUUUUUUAUUCAAAAUCUUUGGAACACACAACAAAGAUCAUGUCUUGAUGUUUUGUGUCCUUAUAAUGAAAGUUGUUUGGUUACCAACAUUCUUCAAAAUAUCUUCUUUUGUGUUCUUCAAUAGAAAGCAAGUCUAGAUACAGGUUUGGAAUGACUUGAGUCUAUUUUCGAGUGAAUCCUUUAAAUGAAAUAAGACAUUUUACUGUGCCAUCGUGUAUACAAACUCAAAUCCGUAUUAUGCAUUUUGCUAUUUGACUCUGACAGCAAAUGUGUCGGAUGUUUUACUAACCCAUAUUUAUCAGAACGGACCACUCGGUGAAAGAAAAAUUAUUUAAAAAUCCCUCACAGAGUCAGGUUUAGGGUUUGAAUGUAAUGUGUUUGUGUUAUGGGAAGGAUGGUUGCUCUGUGUUUUACUUUUGAAAGUGUUGACUGACAAUCUUUGACUGUAUUUUGAACUGUGUGUUGAUGGGACUUUUCCUAUAAUGUAUGUUUUUGUAUUUUAAUGAAUGGGUUGGGACUUUCUAACGUUUGUAAUCGUUAAAUGUAUUAUACAAUACUGUUACUAUUGAACAUAUAUUUAUACAGAUAUACAUAUUUUUUGUAUCCUUUUAUUAUUUUUCUCUUUCCAAGCUAACUUUUUGACCCCCAUGUCUACAGUAUUACAGACAGUAUGCCUUUGGAUUUAUAUCUUAUUUUUUACAUGUAUGUAUGAGUUGAGAAUGUUUAAGAAAUGCUUUCACUGUCCUCACGUGUAAAUGUAUAGGCCUAUGUCUAAAUUAAAUGAAACAAAACA